CCACUACCGAACAGAGAGAAACCGCCUGAUAAUCUAGUUCCACAGGUACACAGAGCUAACCACGCCCCUCUUGACCUGGCAAAGGGUACAACGCGAUCGAUUCAGUGGAUGUGAAUCAUGCCCCAAACGGGCCGGUGUUCAAAGGUCUUGGUCCCCCAGUAUUGGCUAGAAUGAGAACCGAGGUGUUGAAUUCCUAGCACAUUCUUUACAGAUGCAUCAUGCUUUCCAUUGGCGACGUCCACGUGAGGCCCACCUCGGCAGAAUAAAAGGGCAAUUGGACCCAUCGGCAUUUGCUCCAUUAUCGAAAACUACUUAACUCAUCGAUUUAGCUGGUCUAAGUGGUUGUAUCAUUGCAGUCGAAGCUGUUUGCUCUUACCUCUACAAACACUCUGUAAAAACCAAUAACAUUGACAUCAUGGCCGACGACAAGACACCUGCCUUUGAGAUCCCGAAGGAAUGCAGGGCUGGUGUCGUCGUAAAUGAGGGACCUGACUUUCAUGUUGAAGUCCAGAUGGUGCCUGUUCCUGAGAUCAAGCCUAAUGAGGUCCUCAUCAAACUCAACGCUACCGGAAUCUGCCACUCGGACAUUCAUUUCAUGCUCAACGACUGGGCCGUGCCCAAGAUGAGCACUUUCGGUGUCAGGUGUGCAGGCCACGAAGGUGCCGGAGUUAUUGUCAAAGUUGGAGACGCCGUGAAAACGCUGAAACCAGGCAUGCGAGCUGGUCUAAAACCUAUUCAAGACACCUGUGGGGCAUGCGAACUCUGUCGUACAGAUAAAGAGUGCUAUUGUCCAGGAGCCGUUCUCACCGGACUGACCUGCGAUGGAUCUUACAAGGAGUAUGUAGUAUCUCCCGAGCGCUACACUACCGUCAUCCCAGACGGUGUGAGCGACUACAUUGCCGGACCCAUUAUGUGCUCUGCAUCGACCAUCUACACAUCAAUCAAAGAAUCCAACCUCAAGCCUGGCGACUGGGCUGUUUUCCCUGGUGGGGGCGGCGGUGUCGGUAUGCAAGGUAUUCAAUUGGCGAAAGCCAUGGGACUCCGACCCAUCGCCAUCGACACGGGCGAGGACAAGAAGAAACUCUGCAUUGAAACGGCUGGAGCCGAAGAAUUCAUCGACUUCAAGCAGGUCUCUGAUGUCGCUGCCGAAGUGAUCAGGAUAUGCGAUGGCCUCGGAGCGCAUGCUGUCUUCGUCACGGCUGUCCAGUCUUACCCUUCAUCCAUCUCGCUACUCGGUGGCCGCAUUGGAGGUAGGGUCAUGUGCAUUGGUCUCCCGCCCGCUGGAACUUUCCACAUUGAUGUAGAUCCCAAUCAGCUUUGCUUCAAGAAGCAGGGUAUUGAGGGCACCUUGGUGAGCAACAUGGCGGACGUGGACAAGACAUUGCAGUUUGCGCAGAGGGGGCUUUUGAAGCCAAUCUAUACCGUUUAUGGUUUGAGUCAAUUCAACGAGGCGGUUCAGAAGCUUAGGAGGGGAGAGAUUGCUGGACGGGCUGUUGUGGAUUUCAAUAAAGAAUUAUUGACACUCCCGGGGAUGUCCAGCUCAUCGUCAAGCCAGCCCACACGUGGACAGGCCGAAGCUUCCUCCAGUCGUGCGCCGAAACACCAUCCCUCCGUCGAAGAUGAGAGCGAUUACGAGGACGAGGGACUGCUAGGGGAAGAUCCGCUUGAUCAUGAACUACCUGAACAAGUGUCUUUCAAAAGAAAGCAGAAAGCCACGUCCACACCCUUCUCAAUCAGAAGCUUCCUCUCCUCUCCAAACCGACAAUCCCCAGUACCUCGCUCACCUCAACCGAGAUUACCGCAUCUCAGGACGGCCUCGCACCCAAACGAUUCCACCGAGCUUAUAUUGAACUAUCUUGACAAUCCAGCCAAUGCGGGUCACCAUCCCCAGGAUGCAAAAGAUGCCACCGGGCUUGACUGGUACGUUGAGGGUCCAGGUCGCCGCGUAGGCUACGAUGAUCUCACUGCAAUCGAUUGGAUAUUUGAAUAUGCGAAAGAGAGGCAGCGUCUACGCUAUCUAUACUCGAGCGCGACAGGUGUGCUCGGCUCGGUCAAACAACUUGCAGAUGCAAGCCAAGUCUGGAUUAUCCUUGUGGCGGCAGGCCUCUUGUCCGGAACCAUUGCAGCGUUCAUCGAUAUUUCCGGCGAUUGGCUAGGAGACUUGAAGACUGGAUAUUGCAGUAACGUAGAAGGCGACGGAAGAUUUUAUCUGAACAAGGCGUUCUGCUGCUGGGGCUAUUCGGAGCUUUCACAAUGCCACGACUGGCAUCCGUGGAGUAAUGCGUUGGGCAUUCAUUCCGAGGUGGGCAGUUGGAUCGUAGAGUAUAUCUUCUUCGUUGUAUUUUCUAUCCUUUUCGCCGCGUGUGCUAGUAUCCUAGUCCGAGAAUAUUCGACCUAUGCCAAACACAGUGGUAUCGCAGAAGUCAAGACUGUUCUGGGUGGUUUCGUCAUCCGACGCUUUUUAGGGGGGUGGACACUUUUGAUUAAGACUCUAGGUCUGUGCUUUGCUGUUGCAUCUGGCCUUUGGCUAGGAAAAGAAGGGCCUCUUGUCCAUGUUGCAUGCUGUUGCGCAAACUUGUUCAUGAAGCUUUUCAGCAACGUCAACGGGAACGAAGCAAGAAAACGCGAGAUUUUCUCGGCAGCAGCAGCGGCGGGCAUCUCAGUCGCUUUUGGAUCUCCUAUUGGCGGCGUGCUUUUUAGUUUGGAGCAGUUGUCGUACUACUUCCCCGAUAAGACCAUGUGGCAAAGCUUUGUGUGUGCCAUGGUAGCCGCUGUCACUCUCCAAGGCUUCAACCCAUUUCGAACAGGCAAGCUCGUUCUAUACCAAGUCACCUAUCACAGCGGCUGGCACAACUUCGAGAUUGUACCAUUUGCCUUUCUCGGAAUUCUUGGAGGUCUCUUUGGAGGCUUUUUUAUCAAGCUGAACAUGUCAAUUGCCGAGUGGAGGAAGAACAGGACUUACCUCAAAGGGCCGGUUACGGAAGUUGUACUGGUCACAUUGGUCACAGCUCUGAUCAAUUAUCCGGUUAAAUUUAUGAGAGCGCAGGCGUCCGAGCUCGUACAUGUGCUCUUUGCGGAAUGCAUUGACUUGACAGAGGACACGCUCGGCCUAUGCAAGUCUGGAAGGGCCAACACUGGUGUCAUAACACUACUACUCAUAUCAGCCCUGAUUGGCAUCAUUCUUGCGGGGUUCACUUUUGGCCUUCAAAUACCCGCCGGCAUCAUCCUUCCAUCCAUGGCUAUUGGGGGAUUGUACGGUCGUGCCGUUGGACUCUCUGUCCAGGUCGUACAGGAAGCUUGGCCCAGUCUGUUCAUCUUUAAUUCGUGUGAGCCAGAUGUACCUUGCGUAACACCGGGUACAUAUGCUAUCAUUGGAGCAGCAUCGGCUCUCGGAGGAGUGUCGCGAAUGACUGUUUCCAUUGUCGUCAUCAUGUUCGAACUCACAGGUGCCCUAAGCUAUGUCCUACCCAUCAUGAUUGCGGUCAUGCUCAGCAAAUGGAUAGGAGAUGCAAUCUCUCCACGCAGUAUCUACGAAUCAUGGAUCCAUGUCAACGGAUAUCCCUAUCUAGAUAACCGCGAUGAGGGCGACGCGAUCCCCGAUGUCCCCGCUUCGCAGGUGAUGACUCGCACUGAAGACUUGAACGUCAUCACUGCAACAGGUCACACUGUUCAGUCAUUGCAGCUCCUUUUAUCACAACAGCAUUAUCGUGGCUUUCCUGUCAUUGAUAGCAGUCGCGAUGCUCUACUUCUUGGCUACAUUUCCCGCACAGAGCUUGCUUACGCUCUAUCGACAGCUCUCUCCCCACCUAGAAACCUUUCCGCAGAGACUGAGGCAUACUUCUCCCAUCAACCUUUGUCAGACCCUACUAAUUCACUCGACCUUCGCCCCUGGAUGGAUCAGACUCCCAUGACGCUCAAUUACAAGGCCAGCUUCCAGCUCACACUGAACAUGUUUCAGAAACUGGGCCUGCGUUAUCUUCUCUUCGUUGAUCGUGGCAUGCUCAAGGGCUUACUUACGAAGAAGGAUGUAUGGUACGUAAUGAACGGUAUGGAGGAUAGAGACGAGGAUGCGGGUUAUGGUAGAGGUCCUGUGCAGGAGGAUAGAGAAGAGGAAGAUGCAGAGGAACGGGGACUGUUAUCCACACCUAUAGACGAGGCCAACACUUUAGAUAUCCAUGAUUUGCGAUAGUCAUGUAUAUAUUGUAAUAUCAACUACGUUCCGUC